UUAUGUCAUGCCCAGACCACCAAAGGGCUCCAUGAGGAUUUAUGGAAGAUGCCCCGUGUCUUGGCACCUCUGGUGCUCCUUCUGCUGUGGCUGAUGAGGAUCACUGCCAGCCCCCAUUCCCUGAGGAUUGCUGCCAUCCUGGAUGACCCCAUGGAGUGCAGCAGAGGGGAGAGGCUCUCCAUCACCCUGGCCAAGAACCGCAUCAACCGUGCACCUGAGAGGGUGGGGAAAGCCAAGGUGGAGGUUGACAUUUUUGAGCUGCUGAGAGACAGCGAGUAUGAGACAGCAGAAACCAUGUGCCAGAUUCUCCCCAAAGGAGUGGUAGGUGUCCUGGGACCUUCCUCAAGCCCAGCCUCGAGCUCCAUCAUCAGCAAUAUCUGUGGGGAGAAAGAGGUCCCUCAUUUCAAAGUGGCACCAGAGGAGUUCCUGAAGCUGCAGCUCCAGCGUUUCACCACCCUCAACCUCCACCCCAGCAACACUGAUAUCAGCGUGGCCGUGGCAGGAAUCCUCAAUUUCUUUAACUGCACCACUGCCUGCCUCAUCUGUGCCAAAGCUGAAUGCCUUUUAAACCUCGAGAAGUUGCUUCGGCAGUUCCUGAUUUCCAAGGACACACUCUCAGUUCGGAUGCUGGAUGACAGCAGGGAUCCCACCCCUCUCCUAAAAGAGAUCCGAGAUGACAAAACAGCCACCAUCAUUGUACAUGCCAAUGCCUCCAUGUCUCACACCAUCCUGCAGAAGGCAGCUGAACUGGGAAUGGCGUCUGCCUAUUACACCUAUAUCUUCACUAAUCUGGAGUUUUCCCUUCAGCGUCUGGACAGCCUGCUGGAUGACAGAGUCAAUGUCCUGGGAUUUUCCAUUUUCAACCAGUCUCAUGCCUUCUUCCAAGAGUUUGUCCAGAGCCUCAACCAGUCCUGGCAGGAAAACUGUGAUCAUGCUCCUUUUACUGGGCCAGCACUCUCCUCUGCCCUGCUCUUCGAUGCUGUGUACGCUGUGGUGACUGCUGUGCAGGAGCUGAACCGGAGCCAGGAGAUUGGGGUGAAACCCCUGUCCUGUGGGUCUGCCCAGAUCUGGCAGCAUGGCACCAGCCUGAUGAACUACCUGAGAAUGGUAGAAUUGGAAGGUCUCACCGGCCACAUCGAAUUCAACAGCAAAGGUCAGAGAUCAAAUUAUGCCCUGAAAAUCCUGCAGCACACACGUGGAGGCUUCCGGCAGAUUGGCCACUGGCAUGUUUCUGAAGGACUCAGCAUGGACAACAGGAUCUUCUCCUCCAACAUAUCAGACAGUCUGUUCAACACCACGCUCAUAGUCACCACCAUCCUGGAAAACCCUUACUUAAUGCUGAAGUGGAACCAUCAGGAGCUGGAGGGCAAUGAUCGGUAUGAGGGCUUCUGUGUGGACAUGCUGAAGGAGCUGGCAGAGAUCCUGAGGUUCAACUACAAGAUCCACCUGGUUGGGGAUGGUGUCUAUGGAGUCCCUGAGGCAAAUGGCACAUGGACAGGGAUGGUGGGGGAGCUGAUUUCUCGGAAAGCUGAUUUGGCCGUGGCAGGGCUGACAAUUACAGCGGAGAGGGAGAAGGUGAUUGAUUUCUCUAAGCCUUUCAUGACUUUGGGAAUUAGUAUUCUCUACCGAGUGCAUAUGGGCCGCAAACCUGGCUACUUCUCAUUCCUGGAUCCUUUUUCUCCCGGUGUCUGGCUCUUCAUGCUGCUCGCCUACUUGGCUGUCAGCUGCGUCCUCUUUUUGGUGGCUCGGUUGACACCAUAUGAGUGGUACAGCCCCCACCCCUGCUCACAGGGCAGAUGCAAUCUUCUGGUCAAUCAGUACUCCCUGGGCAACAGCCUCUGGUUUCCAGUCGGGGGAUUCAUGCAGCAAGGCUCCACCAUUGCCCCCCAAGCAUUAUCCACACGUUGUGUCAGUGGAGUCUGGUGGGCAUUUACCUUGAUCAUCAUCUCCUCCUACACAGCCAAUCUGGCAGCUUUCCUCACCGUGCAGAGGAUGGAUGUCCCCAUUGAGUCUGUGGAUGACCUGGCUGACCAGACAGCCAUUGAGUAUGGCACCAUUCAUGGAGGCUCCAGCAUGACCUUCUUUCAAAACUCCCGCUACCAGACCUACCAGAGGAUGUGGAACUACAUGUACUCCAAGCAGCCGAGUGUCUUCGUGAAGAGCACGGAGGAAGGGAUCGCCCGGGUGCUGAACUCCAACUACGCCUUCCUGCUGGAGUCCACCAUGAACGAGUAUUAUCGGCAGCGCAAUUGCAACCUCACGCAGGUCGGGGGCCUUCUGGACACCAAGGGCUACGGGAUUGGCAUGCCCGUCGGCUCUGUGUUUCGUGAUGAGUUUGACCUGGCCAUCCUCCAGCUGCAAGAGAACAACCGCCUGGAGAUCCUGAAGAGGAAGUGGUGGGAAGGAGGGAAGUGCCCCAAAGAGGAGGACCACAGAGCCAAGGGCCUGGGAAUGGAGAAUAUUGGUGGAAUCUUCGUGGUUCUCAUCUGUGGCUUAAUAGUAGCAAUUUUUAUGGCAAUGCUGGAAUUUUUGUGGAGCCUCCGACACUCUGAACAGUCAGAGGUGUCGGUGUGCCAAGAAAUGGUGACGGAGCUGCGCAACAUCAUCCUCUGCAGGGACAGUUUCCACCCUCGUCGGAGGCGAGGAGGGGGGAUGAUACGGACUCGUCCCGGCAUCCCGGAGGAACGCCGAGCCCGCAGCACAACCACGCUCAGCAAUGGGAAGCUCUGCAGUGGGGGUGAGCCAGACCCCCUGGCACAAAGACUGGCCCAAGAAGCCGCCCUGGUUGCCCGAGGCUGCACCCACAUCCGUGUCUGCCCCGAAUGCCGACGCUUCCAGGGGCUCCGGGCCCGCCCGCCCGCCGGCUCACCCGCCCAGAGCGAGGAGAGCUUGGAAUGGGAGAAGACCACCAACAGCAGCGAGCCCGAGUAA